CGACAACUGGUCACAGCUAUGCGUGCGUCAGGACAGCGACGUGAAGAGCUGAUUCUCAUCAUAAGAACGGGGAACGAGCAUGGGGGCUGGCUGGUGGCUGAGAACCAGAAAGAGCAGCUCCGUGUGAUAGGACUGCUCCGCGAUGUCGAUACGCGGUGGUUUUCAGUGUACCUUAUGCUAUCGCGCGUGCUUGUGUUG